GUCACACCUGAGGAGAGACUCACAUAUGCACAGGUCACCGCUGGUAAAGCUGUGGAUGAUUUGGAUUCGGAGAAUGUAAAGAUAAUGCCUAGAGGGAAAGUCCACAAAACAGAAGAAAGAUCAGGUUCAUUUUGCACUACACGGCAAGCAAAAGCAGAUGUUGAGAUUCUCCCAUCCGGCUACACAGAUGAGCGGCAGUCCUUGUCUGAAUCUGAAGUAAGAGAGUAUGACAGUAAAAUGACUUCUCCUUGUCGAAGCCCAAAGCCAAUCUUUACCAUAAUACUGGAUUCUGAUCCUACCAAAUCCAUCCAAAACCUGCCUGCACAAACUACCUCAGCUUGUUCAACUCAGUGGCAUACUGUUUCAGUGGUUCAUGAUAGGACCAAAGAGAAAGCAAAGGAUAGUUUGACACUGAAGGCCAAACCAAGUGUUAGUGUAGAUGAAGAACAAGCUGUAUUAAGUACUUCUGAUGAAUCUCUUUAUAGUUUAUAUGCUAAUCCUACUACAUCAGAAGCGCAGCUCAAUGAAAACAAUCAUAUUGAUGAUUCUGAGCGCACUCGUUCUGUUUCUGACCAUGAUUUCAAACCUAAAACUAAGAAGGGCUCAUCUUCUAAAUCACUUGAGCAAAAGAUUUCACACCCAUCGAUUCAUCAUGGAAGCUCUAAAACAGCAAAGAAAGUGUUUACCAUCAUCCUGGAUGCUGAUUCCCCGGAAUUAUCAUUAGUCCAAUGUCAGUCACUGACGCAGAUGCAACGUUCAGUUACUGAAUACUCAAGAACAGAUGAAUUCUCUCAUUCUGAUGUCAAAAUCAACAGAGGAGUUCAUCUAGGACUGAGAAAACUUUGAGAAAGGUUGCAGAAAAGGACAAUGUGAAAUCCAGUAGCUCUAAAAUACAACAAGCUCUUCAACACAACCUCUCUGAGGUUAUGGAGACUGACAUUGAAAAAGAGAAGCAACAUGAAAUCAUGGAUGUCCACAAAGGAGGAGACGGUGAAUUAGGCUUUUUAGUACAUGAGCAGGAUGUCACAAUGUCUGAGAGUUGUAAUGAGACUAAGAAAAACACAUCUGCAGAGCCCUCAAAUGAAGCAAACACACUUCAGAAACCUGUGAAUGUUAAUAAAGGUAGGAAAAAGAUCAAGAAAUCAGUUGCUACAGAGAAAUCAGACAAUAUCAGUAUUAUAAAGCUGAACACAUCUAGAUCUAAAUAUAAAAUGACAGCUGAUUCUGAAAGUCUUCAAACUUUUGAGAUCAGAGUGCCGGACACUACAGACACUUCAACCUGUAGUCAGUCAAAGACCACAAAGUCAGUGAGUUCAGAAGACAAACUAGCAGAAGCUGUGGACACAGAGACUUUAAAUCUUCUGCAUACUGAAGCAAAGCAUGAAUAUUUUGGGACCGUUGGAGUUGUUGAAGUUCAUAUUGAAGCCACAGAUAUGGUUUCAGAAACAGCAGAUAUUGUACAGUCAAAACUCACAGAGAAAUCAAUUCCAUCAGAUGCUUUACCAGUCAUAAGAGCUGAAUGUGUUACACAGAUUCCUGCUGUCAUUGUAGAUGACGAUUCACCAACAUUAUUAUCAGAGAGUCAUAAGUCACAGUUGCAUACAGGUCCUAAAGACUCAAAAACAGAAGAAUUUGCCUAUAAAGAUGUCAAAACUCAACAAAGGAGCUCUGUUGGCAGAGGGAAACCUGAAGAACAAGAGCCUGAAAGAUCCCUUUCAGAGAAGGACAAAGUGGAAUCAAGUAGCUCUGUAAUACAGGAGGCUGUUCAGCCCAACACUUCUGAGAUCAGGGAGUCUGACAUUGAAAAAGAGAAGCUGCAUAAAGUUAAUGAUGCUGAAACAUCACGUCAAAUGGAUGCCUGUGCUGAAGACAAUAAAUCAGGGAUUAAAGCACUAAAGCAGGAUGUCACAAUGUCUGAGAAACACACAUUUGCAGAACCUUCAAAUGAAGCAAACGUACAUCAGAAACCUCCAAAUGUUGCUAAAGGGAAGAAAAGAUUAAAUUAGCUGAUGCAGAGAAAUCAGACAAUAUCAGUAUUGUAAAGCUGGCAUCUAGAUCUGACCAUAAAAGCACAGCUGAAUCAGAAAGUCUUCAAACUUCUGAGAUCAUAGUGCCGGACACUACAGAUACUGCACUGAAUGUGUCUUCAACCUGUAGUCAGUCAAAGAGUACAGAAGACAAAGUCACAGAAUCUGGUAACACUGUACAAGAAGAGACUUUGAAUCUCCUGCAGACUGAGGCAAAGGAUGGACAUUUUGGGACUGUUGGAGUUGUUGAAGUUCAUAUUGAAGCUACAGAUGUGGUUUCAGAAACAGGAGACAUUGUACAGUUAAAACUCACAGA